AUGACCGAUCCUCUUAGUGUUGCUGCAAGCGUGGUUAGUAUCACCAUCCCAGCCCUACACGGUACAAGGCUACUUCUGGAUGACCUGGAGAAGCUUAAAGAUGCUCCAAAGUCGAUCAAACGCCUAGUGGAUGAUGUGCAAUCCGUCGAUGCAGCACUGCAGUUGCUUCGGGGCGUGGAGGAUAGAGAAUGGGAGUCACUUGGCACAAGUGUAGCUGAACAGUCAAAGAGCACGAUUAGCACCUGCGCGCAAGCAUGCGAUCACUUCAGGACCAACCUCCAGCGGUGGACUAGACACUCAGAAGAUGGAAAACUGGCAUGGCAAGACCGAGCAAAUGUGGGGUUCUUCAAGCAGGGGCAAAUGAAGGCUAUAUCGGAGCAGCUUCAAAACUGCAAGCUCACCAUUAACUCCGUCGUCAGCAUAGCAACCUUAUACAGCUCCAUCCGCCACGUCCGCAUCACGGAAGAGAUUAAGAGAACGAUAUGUACGAAGCAAGCUGAGGUCGAGGGUGCUAUUACCACAGCAGAUAAGCAACUGAUAAUAUUGGAGAAUAAACUGGAAGAACUAGAUCUCAGUAGCGACGAUGAGAAAGAAGCUAGAUCCAACGAAGAUAAGGCUGAUGCAAUAUGGCAACUUGAAGAAGAACGCAAAGCGCUAGUUGUGUCCCGAGGAUUACUGGGUGAGCUGCUGUCUAAGUCGCAGGAAGAAGCUAUUGCGAAAGCUGCAGGGAACCAUAGUCAUUUAAUCACAGUGGUUUUCGGCAAUCAGAACUCGGGCAUUCAAGCUGGAACCAUCUCUGGUGGAGUCAGUGGAAUCAGUUUUGGA